AGGCGAGGCAGGGCCGGGCCGGGCCGGGCCGGGCCGGGCCGGGCCGCCAUGAGCUCGCCGGUCGCCGAGGGGGCGGGCAAGGCGGCGCCGUGCCGCGUGGAGCACCUGCUGAGCGCCGUGGAGAGCGAGCUGCGGGCGGGCAGCGAGAAGGGCGACCCGACGGAGCGGGAGCUGCGGGUCAGCCUGGAGGAGGGCGAGCUGUGGCUGCGCUUCAAGGAGCUCACCAACGAGAUGAUCGUCACCAAGAACGGCAGGAGGAUGUUCCCGGUGCUGAAGGUGAGCGUGUCGGGGCUGGACCCCCACGCCAUGUACUCCUUCCUGCUCGACUUCGUGGCGGCCGACGGGCACCGCUGGAAGUACGUGAACGGCGAGUGGGUGCCGGGCGGCAAGCCCGAGCCGCAGGCGCCCAGCUGCGUCUACAUCCACCCCGACUCGCCCAACUUCGGCGCGCACUGGAUGAAGGCGCCCGUCUCCUUCAGCAAGGUCAAGCUCACCAACAAGCUCAACGGCGGCGGGCAGAUCAUGCUGAACUCUCUCCACAAGUACGAGCCUCGGAUUCACAUAGUGAGAGUCGGUGGCCCGCAGCGGAUGAUCACCAGCCAUUCCUUCCCGGAGACCCAGUUUAUAGCCGUGACGGCGUACCAGAACGAGGAGAUCACAGCUUUAAAAAUUAAAUACAAUCCAUUUGCAAAGGCAUUUCUUGAUGCAAAGGAAAGAAGUGAUCACAAAGAUAUGAUGGAGGAAGUGGGAGACAACCAGCAGUCUGGGUAUUCGCAGUUAGGUAGUUGGCUUAUUCCUGGGACUGGGACUCUGUGCCCUCCUGCCAAUCCUCACCCUCAGUUUGGAGCACCCCUGUCGCUCUCCCCUGCUCACAGCUGUGAAAGGUACUCAUCGCUGAGGAACCACCGCUCUGCCCCUUACCCCAAUCCCUACACCCAUAGAAACAACUCGCCAACAGCCUAUGCCGAUAAUUCCUCUGCCUGCCUUUCCAUGCUCCAGUCCCACGACAACUGGUCUACUCUUGGAGUUCCCACACAUACAACUAUGCUGCCCAUGAGUCACAGCACUGGCACAGCUACUGGCUCCAGUCAGUACCCUAACUUGUGGUCUGUGAGCAACAGCACCAUCACGCCAGUGUCCCAGUCGAGUGGGAUGUCCAACAGCCUGAGCUCGCAGUUCUUACGUGGCUCCCCAGCGCACUACUCCGCCCUUCCGCACCCGGUCGCUGCCACCACCUCCGCAUCCCCGCUGUACGACGGCGGGGCCCCCACAGACCUCCCUGACAGCCAGUACGACGCCUCCGCGCACGCUCGGCUGGCAUCCACAUGGACGCCUGUCACCCCACCUUCCAUGUAAACCCAGGCCUUUUCCUUCAAAACAGACUGUUUAGCUACUGAAUUACUUUAAAUGCUUAACCCUCAAGGAAGAGAAAAAGAAGACGUGAGGUAAAUUACAGAUAAAGCGUCUGCACUGCUUUGCACAAAGCAUCUAAGUCAUGCCUCUGGUACUGAGCAGUGCGUCAUUAACUUCAUGUAGAGUUUACAAACCUGGUGAGCGUGCAAUUCUGAGAGCAGAUUCACUGCUUUUUUAAAUUUUUUUUUUUUUUUUUUAGUUUGAUAGGUCUAAUUUUUAAGAUUUUGACUUAGAUUCCAAGUUUCUCAGUGUUCCAAUGUGUUUGGACCUGAAGUUUGGUACCUGGACAACUUUUUUGAGUAAGUUACUUGUUACUGUUUUUCAUUUUUUUUGUUGUCUUUGUUUUGUUUUGUUUUUUAAUGGCAAACUUAGGUAUAGCCAUGAGAAGACUUAUUAAGUGUCUAGUUAGAAGCAUUCUGAAAUCUGCACAAAUGUAGCUGAGGACAGAAGUUUUUGGAAAAUCACGUGCACUAACGCGUAUUUGUCUCACAAAUACGUUGUGUUCUUAACUGUAUGCUUAUUUCCUUGCUGCUGAAUUAAUGUUGAGACAAUCUGCAAGAACUGUUUUCUUCCUAAUUAACUGCAGUAUUAUUGUUUAGUCUAAACUGUUUUACCCAAAAGACUCCUUUCUGAGGUACAUUUUGCUGUUUGAUCAUAUUCAGACACCUGUCAGCUUUGCUAAACAUCUUCAUUUCAAAUAGCCAGUGUCUAAUAAGGAGCCCUGUCUAAAACCUUUUCAAGUUGCUGAAAAAAAACAUCACUGAUUUUGAUGGUCUCUGGCUCAGGCCUUAAAGGAGGGAAUUCAAUACCUGGAGAAUCAUUCUAAUUUAUUUUAUUUCAGUGUUGUACUCUGCUGAUCUAUUUAUUAUUUGGUAAGUUGCAACUUUGUUGUCUACAUGUUAAGAUAUGUAAAUAAUCCAUCAAUCCACGGUGUACUUUUAAAGACAAUCAUAUGUGGGAUAUGUCACCCAAUGGCACACUGAACUAUGUGGGUGUAAGUAGUUAAAUUAUUGUUAAGAGAGGAAAACUCCAGUUAGCAGUAACUGGGGGAAAAGUAUGGAUAUACUAAGCUUUAAAAUACAUUGCUUGACUUGAUGGAAAGGCCAGGUCUUGAUAAAACCCUACCUUCAGAACUGAUAUUAAGUAUUAAGAUUUAAAUUUCUUUCACAGACAAACUCAAAACAUUGUUUCAAAGGGUGCCCUUGGAGAUGUCUGUUUCUCCCACUGACUGGCAAGUGCAUAUCCCAAGGAAAGUGAAUUGUUUUGCAAAAGCCAUAGUAGAUAACUUUUAAAAUGAAGUGCCUAAUAUACUGAAGCAAAAAUCUGAAUCAGGGAAUUCUUUAAAUAAACUUACCAAUGUGUACACAAGAGCUACAGUGGCAGCUUUAAGCUGAAGAAGCAGUAUUAGCCACCAUGUCGGUCUCUUUGGAACCCUACGGGCAGGUCCCUGCACCCAAAAAGAUUUUGGCAGGAUUUUUUCCCUGCAGAAAGAUUUGUGUGCAACUGCAGGAUGCGGUCUCUUGGAGGUGCUCCGGCAAGAGACCGAACCAGAAGCAGACGGCUGCACGACUGUGUUCUCUGUCAAUACUGUAAAUAUCGAUCUAAGCUCUCCUAUUUUAUUGUGAAAGCAAAUUGUGUAAAUGAUGUAAGUGCAUUAUUAUUUAGAAUAUUUUGUAGAAGUUAGCAACGUAUUUCACUGUAAUUUUUUACUUGUUCUUUGGAAGCAUAAUUUAAAUUGGAAACA